AUGGGGGGACGGGAGGAGGCGGUGCCGUUCCCGCCCCGCGCAGGGAGGCGGCCGGGGGCGGUGCGGAGGGCUCCGGCGGAGCGGGCGCGGAGAGGCACGGAGCAGCGGGCUCAGAGGUGCCGCCUGCCUCCCUGGAUGCGCUCAGGCCGGUGCCGGGAGCGGAACGAAGCGCUGCCCGCGGCCGCCCCGCCGGGACUGUGCGGUGCGGGGUGUCCCCUGGUCCAGCAUGGAGUACUCAGUCCUGGGCAUCCUGGUGCCGCUGCUCGGCUGGUUCCUCUCCGCGGUGAGUCCGCCCGGAGCUCAACUCCUGGCUCUUCCCCGCUCGACGUUUAUCGGUUUAGCCUCCGGCAAACUUUGGGCAACUUUGCAGGCGCAAUUGGUUUAGGGCAGGCAUCCAGCACACGCCCCGAGUGUAUCAUCAUGCAGGAGAUUGAAGAGGAACGAAGCCAGUGCUUUGCAGAUCUCAUUGGGGAUAACCAAACUUCAGGUUGCAGAAGGCAAUGGGACAACAUCACAUGCUGGCCUGAGGCUGAGGUGGGAGAAGUUGUGGUCCGGCCAUGCCCGAAGUACUUCAGAUUCCUCACCACUUUUCUGGGGAAUGUGACCAGGAAUUGUACAAGCCAGGGCUGGACAGAUGUGUACCCUGCACCAUAUGCUGUAGCUUGUGGAUAUGAUUCCAACAGUACUCCAGGGGAAGAGCAGACGGCGUUCUACGGCACGGUCAAGACUGGCUACACCAUCGGGCACACGCUCUCGCUCAUUGCUCUCACUGCUGCUAUGAUCAUUUUAUGUCUCUUCAGAAAACUGCACUGUACUCGCAAUUAUAUUCACAUGCAUCUCUUCAUGUCCUUCAUCAUGAGAGCCAUCGCGGUCUUCAUAAAAGAUGUCAUCCUGUUUGAAAGUGGAGAAUCCGAGCACUGCUUUGUCAGCUCAGUAGGCUGCAAAGCCAUGAUGGUUUUCUUCCAGUACUGCGUCAUGGCCAACUUCUUCUGGCUCCUUGUGGAGGGGCUGUAUCUUCACACCCUGCUGGUCAUCUCCUUCUUUUCAGAGAGGAAGUACUUUUGGUGGUACAUCUUGAUUGGCUGGGGAGCCCCCUCCGUGUUCAUCACUGCUUGGACUGUUGUCAGGAUUUACUUUUUCGAUGUUGGGUGCUGGGAGGAAAUAGUGGAGUCCCCAUUCUGGUGGAUCAUUAAAACUCCUAUUUUGGUGUCUAUUUUGGUGAACUUCAUUCUCUUCAUUUGCAUCAUUCGCAUCUUAGUGCAGAAGUUGCACUCUCCAGACGUUGGGCACAACGAAACCAGCCAAUAUUCGCGGCUGGCCAAGUCCACCUUGCUGCUGAUCCCUCUCUUUGGCAUUCACUACAUCAUGUUUGCUUUCUUCCCUGACAAUUUCAAAGCAGAAGUUAAGCUGGUCUUUGAGCUCGUGGUUGGGUCAUUCCAGGGAUUUGUGGUGGCUGUGCUCUACUGCUUCCUCAAUGGAGAGGUCCAAGCGGAACUGAAGCGCAAGUGGCGGAGGUGGCACCUGGAACGGUUCCUGGGCUCGGACAUGAAGUAUCACCACCCUUCCUUAGGCAGCAAUGGAACUAACUUCAGCACCCAGAUCUCCAUGCUGACCAAGUGCUCACCAAAGACACGCCGGUGCUCUGGCUUCCAGGCUGAAUUCUCGCUGGUGUGA